AUGAAGAAGAGCAUUUCCCUCAAAGAAUUCUCGACAACGCCGACGGUGUCCUACAUGCUUAGCAAGGACGGCCACAACGUCGCCGCCGCGGCGGAUGCGCAGAACCGUUCUAUUAACCCGCCGCCACAGCCGCUUCGUGUGGAGCGUCCGAAGCAGCAGCACCCCGUUCCAGAUAGCGAUGACACCAUGUACGAGAUGGAGUAG